AGAUUAAAUAAAUUAAUAUCUUAUGAACGCAAAGGGAGCAGGAUUGACAUAUGUUAGUGAAUAUAAGUCUGAUGAAUUCAGAACAUUUAGAGGUGGUUUGAGACAUCUACCAGAAAGAGCAGAAUACAUGGCACAUAAUAGCAAGAAUAAUUUAUCAAACUAUCACGAUAAAUUCAACUAUGAAAGAGUAAAAAUCUGUUGAUAAACAUUUAAGGGUUUUAUUUAGCAUUCAAGAUCAUUAUCUAAUCAACAUCACAAUUUUCAUUAUAUGUUUGGAGGUCCCAAGGAAUAUUUAUUUAAAAGACUCUUUUACGGAGCAUGGUACAGAAAGAAUAUUCGAAAUUUCUGGUUCCCUGUAGUGUUUAGCUAUGGACGUAAGCAUUCUAUUAAAAAAUAGUUGGAUGCUUUUGCAUGAGAUUAUACGAUAAUGCAGCUCAUGAUUUCUUUUAUUUCACAGAUUGAAUUAUUUCAUAUAAAUAAUAAUCCAAAAUAACAAUAUCCAU